CUGUCCGCGUUAACUACGUAAUCGACUUCCAUCAUGCAUUUUUGGCAUUGCCACGUUUGCCCUGUUCAACAUCAAGACGAGAUUGCAAUCGCAUAAUCCACAUUCCGUUCACUGAAUACGUUUUGCUGUUUAGUUUGAUGCAAUCAGCCUCACAUUGAGCUACUUGUAGACAAUGAGCUGGAAAGGCUUCCAAAAGGCGGUCACUCGUCUGCCCACCCGGCUGGCACAACGCACAGGUUACGCCAGCGAGACUGUCGACCAAGAAUACCACGAACUGGAACAGCAGUUUAAGCAUUUGGAAAUUCUGGCAGUAAGACUAUCGGAUGAGGCAAAAAAGUUCAAAGAUUCGCUGUCAGCCAUGUUGGCUCACCAGGCGAAAUUCGCUGAGACGCUAAUGGAGGUUUACCAACCUGUCACUGCAACUUCACCAAGUCGCCCGACCAUUGAAGGCGCAGCGACUGAAGACUAUCAACCGCCUUCUCCUGCAAAGGGGCAGGUAACCAAUCCUCAACAUGCCAAAGCUCUGGCCGCCGCCGAGGCAUUCGCAUCGGCAAUGCGAACUGCUCGUGAACAACUUCUUCCAGACCUAGAAGUAAUUGAACGCCAAGUUGUCGCUCCAACUAAUGACUACAUUACAAUGAUCAAUAAUGUCAAGCGACUCAUGGAGAAGCGUGCUCGGAAGCUUGUGGACUAUGACCGGCAUCAAGACUCUGUAAAGAAACUCGCUGCAAAACAAGACCGAAAUGUCUCAGAUGAGAAGAAGCUUGGAAGUUUGGAAACGUCUCUAGACCAGUCUACGCGCGAAUUCAACAAUGUCAACAAUCUCCUGAAGCAACAGCUGCCGGUCUUUCUGGGAUAUCGUGUCGCCUUCAUUGACCCAUGCUUCCAAUCAUUAUAUUGGUACGAACUCAAGGUUGUGCAGACACUGUAUGAUUGCUUCCAGCAGCUCUGCAGCCAGCACUUCAACAUGUCCAUCUCCGCACAAGACGGAUUUGCGGCGCAGUACGAUCGCAUGAUGGAAAUGCUAUCGCAGCUAUCUUUGUUGAAACGACCAUUGAGGAAGGGGGAUGGCGGCGAUACAGAUACCGGAUACGGGGGGUCACCAGAGAAUUCACCUGUUGGGCAUGAUAUCGGUGGGGCAUCGGAUGCAGGUGCGACCGAAGCAUUGCCGCCCUACGAAGAGACCGCAGCCCGUCCUUUUCCUUCUGUCUCGAAACCUGCCCCUGUUGCGGCGGCAGUUACCGCGUAUCCUAAUCCAUUCGCCGCUCCUGCACCCUCAGCAGCAGGAGGUAGUGCACGCCCGAUCUACGUUCUGGCACUGUAUGAUUUUGAAGGGGUAGAAGAAGGAGACCUCUCCUUUAAGAAAGACGACAAGAUUGAAGUUAUCCAGCGAACUGGGGAUGCGAAUGACUGGUGGACGGGCAAACUUAGGGGAAAAGUUGGCCAAUUCCCUGGAAAUUACGUCAGUGACCUUUGAGCUCAUGGUACAUGCCCAUCUCGCCAUCUUGGCAUUUGAAUCGUAAGGUCUGGGCUCAAUUAAUCCAUUCAUAUGUCCCAAACUCCAAAAUACAUGUAUAAUCCAAAAUGUACAAAUUAUUGCUGGC